AUGACCGCCGUGGCGGACAUGCUGAGGUACGUGUACCUGUGCGGCGGCAAGGAGGAGCAGGCGGCGCUGACCUACCACCGGCACCCGGGGCUGCGAGGCCUCGACGGCCUGUCCGACGGCUGCAUCACGCCGAGCCCGGACAGCCUGAGGUCGUCGACUCCCUCGUCGGACGUGGCCGAGCCGGCGGCGAGGCGCUACACCUCGCUGCUGCCGCCGGCGCGGGCCGAGGGCGGAGCGACGACGCCCGACGACGACGACGAAGACCACCUUGAGGACCUGGCGGACAGCAGCAGCUACGACGACGAAGACGACGCCGACCCCAAGGCGACCCGGUGCCCGGGGCGGCGGCCGGGCGGCGGCAAGGCGGUGAGCCCGCUGGUGCUGCGCAAGAGGCGGCUGGCGGCGAACGCGCGCGAGCGCCGGAGGAUGCAGAACCUCAACAAGGCGUUCGACCGGCUGCGCACGCACUUGCCCUCGCUGGGCAACGACCGCCAGCUGUCCAAGUACGAGACCCUGCAGAUGGCGCAGACCUACAUCACGGCGCUCUACGACCUGCUGCAGUAG